AUGCCUCCUCCGCAGAUCAAGCAAGACUUGAACCGAUCAGGAUGGGAGACAACCGAUUUUCCCUCCGUUUGCGAAACUUGCCUGCCCGAUAAUCCGUACGUGCAGAUGCUGAAGGAGGAUCAUGGCGCAGAAUGCAAAAUUUGCACUCGCCCUUUCACCAUAUUUCGCUGGAAGGCAGACCGCACGGCACGCACCAAGAGAACCGCGAUUUGCUUAACAUGCGCACGUCUGAAGAAUUGUUGCCAAUGCUGCAUGCUCGAUUUGUCAUUUGGACUGCCGAUUGUCGUCCGUGAUGCUGCGCUGAAGAUGGUUGCCCCGGGCCCCGAAAGCACUAUCAACCGUGAAUACUAUGCACAGGAGCACGAGAAGGAAAUCGAGGAAGGACGCGGCGCGGUCGAAGCGUAUGAGAAAACAGAUGAGAAGGCGCGAGAACUCCUCAGGAGACUAGCAAACAGUGAACCCUAUUAUAGAAAGCCUCGUCAACUCGAGGCGCCGCAGGAUGAGGAGAGCGAGAAACCGUCGACACACACGCCGGUGGUACACAGCCGUUAUGGCAAUGGCCCAGGACCCAUUCGCACGGCUGAGAGUAGGAGGGGUGCGCCUUUGCCUGGAAGAGGACGCGGAAAUAUGCGUGGUGGCCGUGGUGGUCGUCCGUUUCCCGGCACAGCUCAAUUGCCGCCUUCCCAAGAGGAUAUUCUCCCCCCUGCGGAUCCUAAUGUUACGUCCCUCUUUGCCACUGGUGUUGAGGACGACCUUCCCGAGCAUACUUUGCGUACCUUUUUCUCACAGUUUGGACAGCUCCGCUCGUUGGUCUGUUCUCAUCGCGCUCAUUCGGCGUUUAUUAACUUUGCUACUCGCGAAGGUGCCGAGGCGGCUGCGAACCACUGCCAGGGCAAGGCUGUCAUUCAGGGCUGUCCAUUAAGAAUCCGUUGGGGAAAGCCUAAGCCAUUGGAUAACAUGGACCGCGACGAGCGUAUGAAGUACGCCCGUGAAGGCCGCUCGGCCGCGACGACGGUGAGAGCCUCGGGCUCAGGCAACAAAGCGAUCACCGCCGCCAGCGAGGAUCUUGGUAAACAGGGAAAACCCCAGAGUUACGCUGUCGCCCCGCCCCCAGGUAGUGGCGAGGUUCAAUAUACCAGCAUGUCUGGUGAAUAA